AUGGAGUAUCUUAGCAGACACCUAACUGAUCCCAGUUCAAAGAAAGAAUUUAAACAUCACCCAAAAUGUUCAAAGCUGAAAAUUACACAUCUCAGUUGUGCGGAUGAUUUACUUCUUUUUUCUAGAGGUGAUCCUAAAGCAGUGGGGCUUCUACAUGAUAGAUUUGUACUCUUCACCAAAACUUCAGGGCUUCAAGCCAAAAUGGCAAAGAGUGGUGCUUAUUUUGGAGAUGUAGAUACUUCUAUCAGGACAAUAAUCUUACAACAGUUAGGUUAUUCUCAGGGCGAUCUACCAUUUAGAUAUUUGGGGAUUCCAUUGGCAUCCAAGCAACUAUCUCUAGUUCAAUGGCAACCUUUAAUUGAAAAAAUUGUUUCAAAGUUUUCCUCUUGGACAGCCAAAACUUUAUCUUAUGCAGCUAAGGUGCUCAAAACCAUCGAAGCCUACUGUCGAAGUUAUAUUUGGUCUGGGGCUAAUGUGAUCACUAAAAGAGCCCUAAUGUCAUGGGAAAGAAUGCGUCUACAACUGGCUGCUGGGGAUUCAAGCUCACUAAUCCCAAACUCUGAAAUAAGGCUGCCAUUGCUAAAGUCUGCGUGA